GAUAGGAAGUGUUUGACCUGGUGAGUCAAAAGGACUUGCAGAGUUCUGUGCAGUCCCAAUUCUCGGUUUUUUGACACGUUUGUAACCUGCGCACUCGAAACCUUAUGUGUACUUGACUGAAUCGACGCUUCGCAGAGGGGCGUAGGGUGCCCACUGAGCAUUGGGACAGGGCCUUCGUCUUUAGCAGGGAACGACUUCUGAUGAACUUUUCACCCAGUGCAAAAGCUGCAGACAUAACAAAAUAAAGUCAAAGGGAGGUGAAGCUCUGAAUUCUCCCGGAACAUGGAGCAGGUCGUGGCUGACCUCCCCGGCGGUCCGCUUGAUGCUUACAGGAAAAAAGCCUCCUUCAGUUGGAAGCAGAUGCUCCACUUCAUUGAUGGAGAGGAAAUAUUACAGUUCAAACAACACGUGUUCAAGAGUUUGGAAAAUGAUCCCGUGUUUGCCCGUCAGCCUGGAGAGGACAUUUCUGUUGAGAAAAAAAGAGAACUUAACUUCCUCAGGGUAAAGCAGCUCUUUCGCUACGACUUCCUGACUAAAGAAGAUAUGAUGGCAAACCCGUGGAAGGCUGUCGCCCUGGACGACUGUCUGGGCAUGUAUGACUGGGCUCUGGUCGCCAAGUACGCCCUUAACAGAGGGAUGUUUGCAGGAACCAUCAUCGGUUCAGGGUCAGGUAGACAUGGCAAAUAUGUAAAGGACAUUGAAGACAUGGAGACGUUUGGGUGCUUUGCACUGACUGAGCUGAGCCAUGGUAGCAACACUCGAGCCAUGAGAACCACAGCCACAUAUGAUCCUUCUUCCCAGGAGUUUGUCAUCAAUUCUCCAGACUUUGAGGCUGCAAAGUUCUGGGUUGGAAACAUGGGGAAGACGGCCACUCAUGCUGUCGUAUAUGCUCAGCUCUACACCCCUGACCAGGUGUGCCACGGCCUGCACUCUUUUAUUGUUCCGAUAAGAGACCCCAAAACCCUGCUGGCUCUCCCCGGUGUUCUAGUUGGGGACAUGGGGAAAAAAUUAGGCCAGAAUGGACUGGAUAAUGGGUUUGCAAUGUUUCACAAUGUGAGAAUUCCCAGGGAAAACCUGCUAAACCGGACAGGCGAUGUCACCCCUGAUGGACAAUAUGUGACACCAUUCAAGGACCCUAACAAGCGUUUUGGAGCUUCUUUGGGGGCCCUUUCAGGAGGUCGGAUUUAUAUCACCAGGAUGGCUUUGGUCAACUUGAAGCUUGCUGUCACUGUGGCGAUUCGAUUCUCAGCCACAAGGAAACAGUUUGGACCAAGUAACACAGAGGAGAUUCCAGUUCUAGAAUACCAGUUACAGCAGUGGCGUCUGAUCCCGUAUGUGGCAGCAGCAUAUGUCCUGGAACACUUCACUAAAACCAUCUUCAUGAACUUUGUUGAGUUCCAGUUUGGACAGCUGAUGAAGGACAACAGUGACAGACAAGCAGAGAUGGGGAGGGAGAUCCACGCCAUCGGGUGCUCUAGUAAACCACUGGGUUCAUGGACGGCUCAGAGGGGCAUCCAGGAGUGCAGAGAGGCCUGCGGCGGCCAUGGAUACCUUGCCAUGAACCGACUGGGUGACCUGCGUGAUGACAAUGACCCGAACUGCACAUAUGAAGGAGACAACAACGUAUUGCUCCAGCAGACCAGCAACUACCUUCUGAGUUUGUACCAUGCCAAACUCCAUAAUGGUGUUCCCAUUCAGUCUCCCUUUCACACUGUGGACUUUUUGGAUAAUCAUCUAAAACAUCUGGAAAGCAAGUUUACAGCAACAACAGUAGAGGACUGUAUGGAGCCUGAGGUGUCUUUAGCUGCCUAUAUGUGGCUCAUCAGUUUUCUGCUUGUGGAGAGUCAGAAGAGGUUGGAACAGCAGAGUGCCUCAGGCAGUGAUGAGUUUGAGGCCCGAAACAACAGUCAGGUGUACUACUGCAGGUCCUUGGCUAUCACCUACAUUGAACACUGCAGCCUGCAGAGGUUUCAUAGUCUGACCACUGAUCAGGACACGCCCUCUGACCUCAAACCAGUCCUAAGAAAACUGUGUGCCCUGUAUGGACUGUGGAGUCUCAGCAACCACAUGGCGACGCUGUUCCAGGGUGAUUAUAUGACUGGAAGGAAACCAGCAGAGUUGGUCCAGUUGACCAUCCUGAGACUCUGCUCAGAGCUGAAGAAUGAAGCGGUGGCUUUAGUGGAUGUUUUAGCUCCCACGGAUUUUAUCCUCAACUCCCCCAUUGCCAAUGCUGAUGGAGAGCUGUAUAAGAACCUGUGGUCCACAGUGAUGCAAGGCAGUCAAGUGCUGGAGCGUCCCUCCUGGUGGAAAGAGUUCUGCUCCAAUAAACCGACGGUCGGAUCCCUUCGUUCCAAACUUUAGAGGCUAAACAACAAUAUGGAAGAGACAACAGAUCCAUUUUUAGCAAGAAAAUAAACUUCAGCUGCAAUGUUUCUCUGGGGCAUUAAAAUGCCUUAAAAGUUAUUAAAUUGAUUUGGUUGAAUUUAAGGCCUUAAAUGGCAUUUAAUCUGAAGCUCAGUGACAUUAAAAAUGUUUUUAUUAGUUUUGUUCAGCCAGACUCGCUCAUUGGUGAAUUUAUGAAUUAUUGCCAGUGUUGUCCUAAAAAGUCACGCCAAAAAUGGACCUUCCUUCAGUUUACAGCUUAAAAUUUAGCAAAUAAAACAAUAUUAUCGCUAAAAAUCACACAUUUCUAUGGUAAGUUAUACUAUAAAAGUUAUACUACUUACUGUAAGUAGUAUAAGAUAAAUAGAGUAGAAGAAAUCUUAUAUUUUUAGAAUAAUAGCAAUAUGUGUUCAUCUGUUGCCAAGAGAUGAGCGCGUUUUCUGGUAACAAAAUGCCACAAACUAAACAUCUGAUUUUUACUUUUGCAAAAUUUACCAACUGUAAAUUUCUUGUGUUUAUUUUGUGCUUACCUAAGCAGUAUUUCAAAAGAACUUACGUUUUAUAAACAAUACUAUUACUUGUUAUUGAUUUGGUGUUAAAAAAUGAGCGGGUUUUUUUUCUGGUGAUGAACUGCCACAAAGUAUAAAUCAGAUUUUUACUUUUGUGUUGAAUGUCUGUUUUAUAAUAUAUUUACCGCCAAUGACAAAAAAAAAAAAUAAACCUUUUCACUUUUCUGCAAAAUUCACCAACUGCACAAUUCUUGUUAAGUAGUAUUUCAGAAGAGCAGAAGAAAUCGUAUGUUUUUUUGAACAGUAACAAUAUUUAUUGUUAAUCUGUUGCUAAGAGAUGACAGCGUAUUUCUGGUUAUGAAAUGCCGCGAACUAAAUAUCUGAUUUUUACUUUUGCUAAAGCAAAAAUCAAAAGGCCUCUUUAGCUUUUUCCCUCAAAUAAGCUUUUUAGCUAUUUUUUUAUUUUAUUUUACACUGAACGGAGGAAGUCAAUGUCAAUUCUUCUGUCUGCAGCUGUAUAAGAACCUGUGGUCCACAGUGAUGCUACAUUGUACAUUGUAGCAUCGCUAGCAUGUUGCCACAUGACACUGGCAGCAUUUAGGCUAACAUUAGCAUUUUGACUAAUUUUAUCUUAUACACUAAUUUUAACACAGUGAAUGGAGUAACUCCAUGUUACUCAACAUUCCUGUGACUGUCCACAUGCUAUUGAGUACAUUGUAGUUUACUUUAGCAUUGAUGCAAAUUUUUAGCAUCAGAACUGCCUUGUUCCAACCGGCGGACACGGUUUGGCAGGCCCUGUUUAAAUUUCUUUAGAAAUGUUCUAGUUGAAAAUGUCAAUACUAUUAAAUUGGAUUUAAUGGUUUCAGUAAAGAUCAGUUAAAAGCCUUAAAUUGUUUAACUUUUCUACUUAAUAUGCCAAGUUUACUUUUGUAAAAGUGCAAAAAAAAAAAAAAUUCUUUGUAGUUUGAUUGUUGUGACCAAAGCUACAAUCUGACACUAUGAGUUUAAUCCUUGUGUUUGAGCUUGGCUUGUUCACAAAUACAUCCCAGCAAAUUACAUAUAUUAAAAUGUUGUCAUCAGCAUAUAAUUUCUACGCCCACAGAAAUAAAAAGAUACAACUUCAUCCAGUUGCCUCGUUUUCAUUGACGCACGCUUUACUUCUCCUAAACACGUAAAUCAAAUCAAUAGCAUAGAAAUGAAUGAAAUGCUGAGCAAGAAAUUCUGUUAGUUGAUUAUUCAUAUUUAAAAUUAUUUGUCAUAUUAUAAACAGAAAUGAUUUUAAACUUUAAAUUUGAAAUGCCUUGUUGCUGAAAAUGUGCUAUAUAAAUAAAAUGACCUUACCAUACCAUUAGUACCUUUUAAUCACAACCUUUAAGCUGCUGUUUAACAUGCUUUUUGUUAUUUCCACAACUCUGUAUUAAAAUGAUUUUUUUUCUGGUGUAAUGUUUUAAUCUUAAUUGUCAGGAUCAUUGCAAGCAACAAAAAUAAAGGAUUCAAAAUAU